AUACUUCCUCUCACCCCACUCUACGGCCACUCUACGGACAGCAGCAGACGGAGAAGUUAGUCCUCUCAUCGACAGGGUGACAAGAUGGCUGAUCAGAAAUUUAAUGCAAAAAUAAAAGAGAGUAUGAUGCAGGGAAUGAAUAUGAAAGAUGAAGAGAAGCUUUAUAAGAGAAAUGGGAUCCUCUACUCCACGAUCAUGAGCCCACCAGAGAACCUGGAUGCCCUAAAGGACAUGGAGGCCAGAGAGGAUGACAUCAUGCUGGUGGCUUAUCCCAAAUGUGGUUGUAACUGGAUGGUUGGAGUGUUGAGGAAAAUUAUGAGUGCAUCUGCAUACACUCUCCCUGAAGGGCCCCCACUGAUCGAGUUCCACUCUCCAGACACACAGAAGAUGAUUGCCCAGAUGCCAUCAAGGCGGUUGCUUGCGACUCAUUUACACCCAGAUAACAUCCCUGUUUCAUUCAAGAAAACAAAGAUGUUGGUGGUGUUUAGAAACCCCAAAGACACCGUCGUCUCUUAUUACCAUUUCAUGAACAAUAACCCGGUGCUGCCCAAAGCCGAGUCCUGGGACAAGUUCUUCUCCGACUUCAUGUCCGGUGAAGUUGGCUGGGGUUCAUAUUUUGACCACGCCUUGGCCUGGGAGAAACACAUGGAUGACCCUAAUGUGUUGAUCGUCACCUAUGAGGAACUAAAGGAGAACCUGCUUGAGGGUAUAAAGAAAGUCACAGACUUCUACAAUUUCACUCUGACAGAUGAAAAGAUAAAGCUGAUCGCUGAAGAGAGCACGUUCAGUGCCAUGCGCACGAGCUCCAAAACAAGUCACGGGAAUUUUGCCGCUGUCAUUUUCCGAAAAGGUGAAGUAGGAGACUGGAAGAACCACUUCAGCGAGGAUCAGAGCAAGCAGAUGGAUGAAGAGUUCGAGAAGAAACUAGCAGGAACCAAACUGGGAGCCAAACUAAAAUACGAGAAGUACUGUCAGUGACCUGACAUAUAAAACGCUGUGAAUAUUUUUUUAUUACUUUAUUUUAUUACAUAAUUUAGUUAAAUGAGUUGCAGUGAAUAAAAAAAAAAAAAAUAAUUAUAUUGCUACUAACUCUGAUGCAUUUGUUUACAAAAUGUGAACGUUUAUUUUUUACUGAUUAAAGACUUGACCACUAGAUGGUGCAACCA